UAGUUGAGCGUCUGUAAAUCCUGUUUACAAUUUGACUUUUAUACAAUUAAUUUAAAGUUUAACAAUAAUGCGGCUAUCGCCGAGCAGACGGCGACGGCACGGGUAGAGACGGCGCGCGCGAUGUGAGGCGGGCGCGCGAUGCGGGCUCGGUGAGCGACGGGCGCAGCGGAGCCGGGGCGGAGCCCGGCUAUGCAAGCGGCGCCGGCGCGCUACGUGUCCGCCGGCGAGCUGUACUGCGCCGACGAGGUGGCGCUGCUGUUGGACGAGAUCCGCGAGCUGGAGCCCACGAGCUGCCGCGGCGAGGACGUGCAGGACUUCGAGAUCGCGGGCAGCGGCGGCGGCGAGCGCUCGCCCGCCGGCACCGAGCUCACGGAGCGCUCGUGGGACUCGCACGCGCAUUACUCGCGCGCGCCGCCGCCGCGCCCGCGCGCGCUGGCGCCCGUGUACUGCGGCGCCGCGCACCUGCUCACGCCGCUCGGCGCGCUCACGCUGCUGCUGGCGCUGUGCAGCGCGGGCGUGUGCGGCAUGGUGUGGGGCGCGGCGGGGCUGCGCGCGGGCGCGGCGCGGCCGCUGCUGUUCGGCGCGCUCACGUCGCUCAUGCUGCACGCGGCGCGCGCGGCGCUGCACGUGUCGCGCCUGGACCGCCUGCUGCCGCUGGACUGGGCGCGCCUGGGCGGCGCGGCGUUCCUGUGGAGCGCGCUGUGGCUGGCGGGCGGCGCGGCGUCGCUGCUGGCGCGCCUGGGCCCGCUGGACCGGCCGCCGGCCAGCGUGCUGUUCGCGGCCGCGGUGCUGGCGCUGGGCGGCGCGGGCGCGGCGCUGGCGGGCGCGGCGCUGGGCGCGCGCGCGGCCUUCGUGCGCCAGCGCCGCGCCGCGCGAGACGCCUACCGCGCGCUGCCCGCGCCGCCCGACCGCGCCUUAUAG